UUCCCUCAAGGGAACUACUCAUUCUUUGCAUUUCUCAUAAAUCGUAAAUCUCUCUCUCUCUUCUUCGGCAACAAAUCUUUAUUCUUUAAAAUUCCCUGUCUCACCAAUCUCUGUCGAACCUAAAACUUGAACAGGAAAAGAAUCAAAGAAUGGGCAGUUCUAAUGAAACAUCAUGGGCUGAUCAAUGGGACGAUGGCCCCGAUCCUGUUCAUGACUAUCAGAACAGCAAAAGCAACAGCACCAGUUCUACUGCUAAAUAUAAACAGAAGGUAGGAGAAGGCCUUGGCAAGACUAAAGAAGUGGCUUCAACUGGUUUCAAGAAGGUUAAAGAAGGGACCGUCAGUGGUUUCCAUUGGAUCAAAGACAAGUAUCAGAAGAAGACCCAGAAACAUUAGUGCAUGUUCUCUCUAUGUAAUAAUAUUUUUUUAUGGGUUUCUUGGUUUUAUGUCAUGUUUCUUUACUGUUCUUUCCAUUCUUUCUGUUCAUACUAUAUUUCUGAUAGACUGUUUAUAUAUAUAGAUAUACGGUUCUGAUGUUAUUAUAGUUUUGUUUUGUUUUCUUCCUACUUUUUUGAAUAAAUGAUCGGACCGUUCUUGCA